CAUAGAGCUUACAUCACUGGCCCCCACCACAUCAUCAUCAUCAUCAUCAAUCUCUCAGCAUGAUGAAGAAUAACCAUGGUGACAUUGAAUCCUUUGAUCAAGAAGGUGGAGAGGAAGCACAUCUUGAUCCACCAUCAAUGCACCUCCAUGAAAAAGAUGAAAAGUCCAUCAAGAACAAGAGGUACAUGCUCCUUUUAGUGAUCAAUUACAUUUCUCUCUUUGUGGGCUCUGUUUCUUCAAGUUUGCUCUCCAAAUACUACUUCAUCCACAAAGGUUCUAGCAGAUGGGUCUCAACUUGGGUCCAAUCUGCAGGCUUUCCUCUCUUAAUCAUCCCAAUUUAUCUCCCUUAUCUCCUGAAAUUCAACCAGAGAAAACCCUUCUCUGAUUUCAACAAAAAGAUGCUAACAUUAUCAAUCUCAAUUGGUGUCAUGUUAGGAUUCAACAACCUUCUAUUCUCUUGGGGAAACUCAUAUCUCCCUGUUUCAACCUCUGCCCUUUUGCUAUCCACCCAACUAGUUUUCACUCUUAUUCUCUCUGCCAUCAUGGUGAAUCAAAAAAUCACAUUCUUAAACCUUAACUGUGUGAUUCUUCUCACCUUAGGCUCUGUCCUUCUAGCAUUAGAUUCCAGUCAUAAUGUGAAACCAAAUGAGGUAACAAAAAAGGAGUAUUUUGUUGGGUUCAUUUGCACAAUUGGUGCAGGGUUGUUGUUUGCUCUGUAUUUACCAGUGAUGGAGAAGAUUUACAAGGAGGUGCAUUGUUAUGAGAUGGUGAUGGAAAUGCAGCUUGUGAUGGAGAUUACAGCAACAGCAUUGGCCACAUUGGGAAUGGCAUUUAAUGGUGGAUUUUCUCAGAUGAAAGAAGAGGGACAUAGAGUGUUUGAUAAGGGGAACUCUGUUUACUGGGUGAGUGUGGUGGCUAAUGUGGUUACAUGGCAGUUUUGCUUCAUGGGGGCUGCAGGGAUGGUGUUCCUGACAUCUGCGUUGACCGGAGGGAUAUGCACGACGGCGUUGAUAUCGAUGAAUGUGUUCGGAGGGGUGGUGGUGUUCAGAGAAGGGUUUAGUGGUGUGAAGGGUGUGUCCACUGUUCUGUGCUUGUGGGGGUUCUGCUCUUAUGUUUAUGGCAUGUAUGUUAAGAUGGUGCUGCAACAGAGAGAUCAAGUGAGGAAGAACAUGAAUGGGUUGUCAUCCACUGAAAUGAUCCAUAUCGUUAAUCAUCCAGUUACUACUGAAAUGUAUUAGUCAUUUCACUCAUUCAUAUGAAGUAGCCAAAGCUGAUGAUGUAAACAACAAUUACAGUUUAUGAUUAUGAUUGACUUUAGUAAAGAUAAGU